AUGUACACCUUCUCAAAUUUUUACAAGUUUCAAAAGGAGUUUUGGGGAGCUUGUAUGGAUUUUGAAAUUGAGGAAAAAAAAGAUGUAGAUGAAGGGCAAUUGAUAAUAAUUGCAGAUGUAAGCUACAAGAAUUCCAAGACAAGAAAGAUAAUUUAUAACCCUUUAAAUCAUAUUGCUCAGUGUUCAUGUAAGAUGUUCGAAUGUGAAGGGAUCCCAUGUCGUCAUAUCUUGUGUGUUUUAAAGGGAAAAUGUCUACCUGAAGUGCCAAGCUACUAUAUUUUGAGAAGAUGGACUAAAAUGGCAGCAAGCAAGCCUAUUUUUAAUUUGGAUGAUGAUGUUGAAGAAGGGAAUUCACAAAUAAAAAGUGAAGAAAAAUUAAUUUCAGAUAAUUGGUGCAAAUUCUUAAAUUGCAUGGAUAUAGCAGGAAGGGACCCAAAACAACUCACUAUUGUGUUGAAGGGAAUUGAAAAUAUCUCGACACAAUUAAUAGAGUUAAAGGGUAAUGUAACCGAAAGCAAGACAUAUGAAUUAGAGUCUUUUAUAGGAUUGUCUGCUCCGGAGGAAGUAGAGAUACUUCCACCCAAACAAGCCAAUACCAAGGGAAGUGGAAGUGGAGGUGGUAAGAGAUUUAGAGGAGGAAAGGAAGUGUCAAUGGAACAACAAGCAAAAAAGAAAAGACAUUGCAAAACAUGUGGAGAACAAGCUUACCAUGAUAGUCGGAAUUUCCCUACCAAACAAUUAUCUUAG